AUGCGGAUCGAGCCUUCGAUUCGAUUGCGGCGCGCGAUCCACGCCGGCGACGCCCUGCUGGUCAAGCGCAUCCUCAAGUCCCAUCCAUCUCUCCUCCACAAUCCCGAUGUCUCGCCAGUCGGGCUCUCCAACUCCAACAUGCACCUCGCCGCCUCUCUCGGCCACAAGGAAGUCUGCCAGGUGCUCCUCGAUGCCGGCCACGAAGACCCUUGUCCCGCCCUCAACGAGAACCAUCAAACGGCCCUCAUGCUUGCCUCGGGUGCUGGCCACACCGAAGUCGUCCACCUGCUGUGCGAAAAAGACUCGGGCUGCAUCCUGCGAAGAGACAUUCGCGGCCGGGAUGCCGUCAUGGAGGCCAGCGGGGGCGGCCACGACACCAUACUACAGCUGCUGUUGACAUAUGUCCCUGGAGGACCGUACGAGGCAGUGCAGAGAGCAGAUUCGGAGGGCAAUACGGCUCUUCACUUUGCGAGCGGCAACGGGAACUUGUUGGGUCUGCGGACCUUGCUCGCGGCCGGCGCGGAUGUCGAGAGACGCAACAUGUGGAACUGGACGCCGGCUGCGUACAGUGCCACGGUGCAGGCCGAGGUUUACCUCAAGGGCCUGGUGUCCGAGGUCGGAAGGCUUCAGCAACAACAGCAGAAGCGGAAGAAGGAUAUCGAGCCAGUCAAGAAGAUGGCUGUGGGCAGCGUCAGGGUAGUGAACAGCGAUGAGGACGAGCGUUACGAAAUUUCAUGA